UCGCGCUGAUAUUUUAUCAUAUGAAGAGUUGCCAUUUAAUUAAGUAUUACAUGUGAAUAUUCUCGAAUCGUACACACGUGUUAUAUUCCUUGUAAUAUUUGUGACACACAAAAAAACAGUAACGAAUUACAAACAAAAGUAAAAAUUUGUUUACCUUUCUUUUCAUACUUAGUGCAUUACAAAUUAGAUGAAUAAUUUAAAAUAAUUUUAUUAUUAAUCGAUUCCAAUAAAUACCUAUAUCUUACUGGAUAACUCAGUUGCUAGUGUUGUGUGUACAAUUGAAUGAAAAUGAGAGAUAAUAAGUCUUCUGAUAUUUAUGAAAUAUGGGAGGUUAUGGGAAAGUUUGGAAAAUAUCAGAUAAUGCAAUACGUUUGCAUAUGCUUCGGUACAAUAUUUGUUACGAUUGCAAACAUUAAUUAUAUAUUUCUUGCUGGCGAUCUUAACUACAGAUGUCGAAUACCAGAAUGUGAAAGCACAAUUACUACAUUUGAAACUCCACCGUGGGAGUCGGGCCUGUCCAUAGACAGAUGCUCGAAGCCUAUUUUGAACAAAAACUUUUCGCAGGCUCAGACGUGCACAGCCGACAGUUUCUCCAGUUUAGUAGAGCCAUGCACGGCGUGGGUAUACGAAAACAAUAACACUAUAGUAGCAGAUUUGGAUCUGGCGUGUGAAUCACUGAAAGUCAAUCUGGUGGGAACAAUACACAGCAUUGGCAUGUUGGUCUCAAUGAUAACAGCUGGAUGGAUGGCUGAUAGGUAUGGACGAAAACCGGCUAUAAUAUUCUGCGUGGUGGGAACAUGCGUGGGACAUUUAAAGACGUUCGCUAAAUCGUAUUAUUUGUACAUUGCUAUAGAGUGGCUUGAAGCGGCUCUUUCGGGAGGCGCUUACCCCGCCGGUAUGGUACUCAUGAUAGAGAUAAGCGGAAAGAAAUACAGGCUUUUGUCCUCUGUAUUAUUUUCGUAUGCAAUUUACAUUGGAGAAUCACUUUUCGCCGUUCUCGCCAUGUUUGUCCCAUAUUGGAAAACUCUGGCGCGGAUCAUAUACACACCUGGGAUACUCUGUCUCUCUCUAAUUUUCCUACUUAGAGAGAGUCCGCGAUGGCAACUACUAAACAACAAAACUGAUAAGGCAAUUGAAACAAUACGAUUCACUGCGAAGAGAAAUAAUUUAAAAAUCAAGGAUAUAAUAACAGAAUCAGACGAAGUAAAAUUAAAAACUAAACUGAACAUUGGGAAUACUGAAGUGAGAGAAAGUUAUAAGAAGAUUUUCACAUCGAAACAGAUAUUGUUGCGUAUUUUGGUGGGUGCAGUUAGUCGUUUUACUGCAAGUUUUGUGUAUUACGGUCUUAUGGUAAACUCGGUUUGGUUGCCUGGGAACAAAUAUACAAACUUCCUGUUGUCCACAGUGAUGUCUUUUCCAGGCGAACUAAUAUCCUUGUACUUAAUGAAUAAAAUUGGAAGGAAACUGCCACUGAUGGUUGGAUUUGCCAUUUGCGGAACGCUAUGCAUAGGAUCUGGAUAUGUACCGGCAACCCUGAUUUGGUUGAAAAUAACUUUAUUCUUGCUGGGUAAAGUGGUGAUAGCUUCGUGCUUCACCGGUGCUGUAACCUACAGUAUGGAACUCUUCCCCACUAAUGCUAGAGGCACCCUACUCGGAGUAUGCGCCUUCGCUUCAAGGCUGGGGGGCAUGCUCGCCCCUUUAACGCCUAUGCUGUACAUGAUAUCAGGGUCAUUGCCCGCGAUACUGUUCGGAGUAUCUGCUGCGGUGACGGCCUCACUCCUAACCCUCACGCCGGAGACCAAGGAACUGCCGUUGUUCGACACAGUGGAACAGGUGGAAGCCAGCAUGAAGACCAAGCCCCGCCAGUUCGAGAAGGAGACAACAAUCUCUACGAUUGCUUAAUACAAAUUCAAAUUAUACAAAUUGAAGUAUUUUUUUUUACCUGAGAUAAUUAAUUACUUACCAUUAUU